UGAACAUGAACCUAGACACAAUGUUUGGUAGGCUUUUGAGUGAAGAAAAUGGAGGGAGAGAAUAAUAUGGAGAAAGGAUUAUUAUUGGUAAAUAGGGAAGAGACUGCUAAUACAACUCUGCUUCUUGUCUUCUCCACUUUCAUCAUUGUCUCCGCCUCCUUCACAUUUGGUGUCGCCGCAGGUUAUACUGCAGAUACAAUGUCCUCCAUUAUGACAGACUUGGAUCUUUCUCUCGCACAAUUUUCGCUGUUUGGUUCGCUCUCGACGUUUGGAGGAAUGAUCGGUGCAAUAUUCAGCGCCAAAGCUGCAUCUGCCUUCGGUAAUAAAAUGACGUUGUGGCUCGCUGAUAUAUUCUGCAUAACUGGUUGGUUUGCAAUUGCACUAGCCAAGAAUAUUAUUUGGCUCGACUUGGGACGAUUUUUUGUGGGAAUUGGAAUUGGUCUCAUUAGCUACGUGGUACCUGUAUAUGUUGCAGAGAUAACACCCAAGCACGUGAGAGGCGCUUUUACGUUUAGCAAUCAGUUGUUGCAAAACUGUGGAGUUGCAAUCGCAUAUUACUUUGGAAAUUUCUUGUCAUGGAGAUCUCUAGCCUUUAUCGGUAUUAUUCCAUGUGGGAUACAAGUUAUUGGUUUGUUCUUCAUACCUGAGUCUCCAAGAUGGCUGGCGAAAAAAGGUCGCGAUAAAGAAGUCGAAGAUGCUCUUCAAAAGUUAAGAGGAAAAAGAUAUGAUAUUGUGCUCGAAACUCGUGAAAUCAAGAUUUCGGUUGAAGUUUCGAAGCAAAAUUCGAAUAUGGGCAUUCGUAGUCUUUUCAGAAAGAGAUAUGCUCAUCAACUUACAAUAGGCAUAGGUUUGAUGCUUCUGCAACAGUUAUGUGGAACUGCAGGAAUAGGCUCUUACGGAAGUACUCUGUUUAAACUUGGCGGAUUUCCUGCUCGGAUUGGGAUGACGGUGUUGUCUCUUAUCGUCGUACCAAAAUCUUUCAUGGGUUUAAUCCUCGUAGAUCGAUGGGGAAGACGACCACUUCUUAUGACUUCAGCAUUUGGGUUAUGUUUAAGUUGUAUUUUAUUGGCGGUAGCUUUUGGAGUUAAAGAUGUCCCCGAUAUUGAAAAAAUUUCUCCCAUUUUCACUUUCAUUGGAAUAUUGUCAUUCACGAUGAUGUUUGCAGUUGGAAUGGGGGCGUUGCCAUGGAUUAUAAUGUCUGAGAUAUUUCCAAUGGAUAUAAAGGUAUUAGCUGGGAGUUUAGUGACCAUAGCCAAUUGGUUCACUGGUUGGAUCGCAAACUAUUGUUUCAAUUUUAUGUUGGUGUGGAGCCCGACCGGGACUUUUAUUCUAUCCGGUAUAAUCUGUGGAGUAGCAAUUGUAUUCACAUGGUGCUUGGUGCCAGAGACUCGAGGAUUAACGCUAGAAGAAAUCCAACUUUCGUUUGCCAAUUAAUGCUUAAUUAGGGUUCAUCAUUAAUAUUCCGUACAUAAAAGGUCGAUCGAUACAUAUAUAUAUAUAUAUAUAUAUAAUUCGGCGCUUAGUGCAUGUCCAUAGAUUGUUCGAUUCUUUUCCACGUAAAGUUUUUGAGUGUUUGAUUGAAUUCAUUAUAUAUUUUCCUGUAUGCAGCAUGAUUAUACUAUGAUAUUUCUUUCUAUUUCCUUCAAA